AAACUGAACUCUGUCCUCUGUGUGUGAAGAAAAAUGGCAGAAAGUGGAGUUCAUCUGGAUCAGGACCAGUUCAGCUGUCCAGUCUGCCUGGAUCUGCUGAAGGAUCCAGUGGCUAUUCCCUGCGGACACAGUUACUGUAUGAACUGUAUUAAGAGCUGCUGGGAUCAGGAGGAUCAAGUUGGUGUCUACAGCUGUCCUCAGUGCAGGCAGACCUUCACGUCAAGACCUGUUCUGGGCAGAAACACCAUGCUGGCUGAAGUGGUGGAGAAACUGAAGAAGACAGGACUCCAGGCUGCUCCUCCUGAAUACCGUUACGCUGAACCAGGAAAUGUCGUGUGUGAUGUGUGUCCUGGGAGAAAACGCAAAGCUGUUAAGUCCUGUCUGGUGUGUCUGGUUUCUUACUGUGAAACACAUCUCCAGCCACACUAUGAUUCUCCAGCUUUUAAAAAACACAGACUUACUGAUGCUGCUAGAAACCUUCAGGAAAAGGUCUGUUCCCACCAUGACAAAUUGCUGGAGGUCUACUGUCGUACUGAUCAGCAGUGUAUCUGUCUGCUGUGUGUGAUGGACGAACACAGAGGACAUGAUACAGUCUCAGCUACUACAGGAAGGACUGAGGAACAGAAAUAUCUAGAAAGGACACAGAGUGAAUUCCAGGAAGGGAUCCAGCAGAGAGAGAAGAAGGUGCAGGAGCUGAGAGAGGCUGUGGACUCACUCACACGCUCUGCACAGGCAGCACUGGAGGACACUGACAGCAUCUUCACCCAGAUGAUCCGCUCCCUUGAGAAAAGGCGCUCUGAGCUCAAAGAUGUGAUCAGAGCUCAGAAGAAGGCUGCACUGAGUCCAGUUCAAGGACUCCUGGAGCGACUGGAGCAGGAGAUUGCUGAGCUGAGGAGGAGACACUCUGAGCUGGAGCAGCUUUCACACACAGAGGAUCACAUCCAUUUCCUACAGAGUUUCCAGUCUCUCUGUGUCCCUCCUGGACCUGUACACUUACCCACCAUCACUGUGGACCCACACUGCUCUUUCGGAGGUGUGAAAAAAGCUCUUUCUGAUCUCAAAGUCCAACUAGAAGAAGCCUGUAAGAAUACAUUCACAGAGAUCCCCCAAACAGUGAGAAAAGUCGAAGUGAUUCCAGAACCCAGAAUGAGAGAAGAGUUUUUAUACUAUGCCUGUCAGCUCACACUGGACACAAAUACAGCAAAUAAAAACCUCCGUCUGUCUGAGAGGAACACAGUGGUGACUCGUGAGAGAAAUCUACAGUCAUAUCCUAAUCAUCCAGACAGAUUUGACUGGUGGGAACAAGUUCUGUGUACAGAGGGUCUGUCUGGAUGCUGUUACUGGGAGCUUCAGUGGAGUGGAGAUGGUGGAGUUUAUGUAGCAGUGUCAUAUAGAGGGAUCAACAGGAAAGGAGGAAGCACUGAUUGUGGUCUUGGAUACAAUAACAAGUCCUGGAGUUUGUUCUGCUCUCCCUCCAGUUACAGUUUCUAUCACAAUGAUGAGGAGACUCCAGUAUCUGGUCCUACUUCCUCCAGAAUAGGAGUUUACCUGGAUCACAGGGCAGGAACUCUGUCCUUCUACAGUGUCUCUAAGGACACAAUGACCCUCCUUUACAGAGUCCAGACCACAUUCACUGAACCCCUCUAUCCUGGGUUUUGGGUUUGGUUUUCAUCUAGAGUGAAACUGUGCUCUCUGAGAUGAGAGGAAACAGGAGCUGAACGCAAACUGACAGAGGAAUCCUGUGUGUGUUCCUGUAUUUUUUUCUUCAAACAUUCUGCUUAUGUUUCUGGUCUGUUUCAACAAUAAUUCUUUAGAAAUUACUAUUAAAGUUAUCAGAGAGCUGUUUGAAAGUGAUGUCAAUAUAAUUGAAAUUGAAUUGAAAAUAUUGCACUAUAAUAAUAAAUACUAUAGAUAUUGUAGCCACCCCCAUGGAGCUACUAGAAACAGGUUCAGGCUCUUUAUCUGACAGUUCUUUUUCCCCCUUUAUUAACUCCAGUUAAAAAGAAGAGACCAUACAAAUGCACAAUUCAACAUCUCCAAAUAAGACACCCACAACAGCAACACACAACUCAACAAACUCAAAAUACAAAAUCAUUCAAACAAUGUUCAAUCAAGACUCGACAAAAUAAACAUUAAACACCAGUUAAAACUUCAGAUUGUCACUGGUACUGGUGCCCCGGCACUCCCGACGACUGCGCGUCUAGCAACCAAGUGCUUGACGACCAUCUUGCUUGACCCCCCUGUUGACGACCCCGGAGACACAGUAUAAAAGUACUCGCUCCAACGCACCAUGUACUAGGAGACCUCGUGGAUGACGGCGUCCUGCUGUACCUGGAUGACAUCUUGAUCUGCAAGACCUGGGAAGAGCACGUCUGUCAGGAGAUUCAUCAGGGGAUUCAGAUUCAUCAUUGCCCAGCUCACGACUCUUACGGCAGGUAAGGAGACCCGCCUGCCUCAGGGCAAGCAAGCACAGCAAACGUUCUUAGAGUUGAAGAGUCAUUUCAUAGCAGCACCGAUAUUAUGACACCCAGACCCCACUUUGCCGUUUGUGGUGAAGGUGGAUGCCCCAGAGGUCAGAGACGGGGCCGUGCUGUCCCAAAGACAGAGUGACCCACCAAAACUGUACCCCUACGCAUACUUCUCACGAAAACUGUCGCCAGCCGAGCCGAACUAUGACACUGGAAAUCGAGAGCUCAUUAAAUUAGCCCCGGAGCAAUGAAGGCACUGGUUAAAGGAAGAAACUAAAGGAGGAAUCCUGUGUGUGUUCCUGUGUUGUUCUCUUCAAAUAUUCUGCUUGUUUUUCUUCUCAAGGAACAGGUAAACCAGAGGCAGAGAUACACAGUAGAGCAAACUUGAUCAAGAAGGCAGAGUAGAUCACAAGCACUGGUUGAGAUUCCGCAAAGUCCAAAGUUGUGCUUUACUCUUUUACACCCCAGUCUGAUGGGUUGAAAGCAGCUAAACUGAAUCCACCAGCAUCGUUAUGUGCGAGGACCCCUAGUGGUUGGCUGGAGAGCUUCUCUUGGGGGUUUAUAACAAUGGGACUCUGGUCAGUGAGUAACUUCCUAAUUUCUCCAGUGUCACAUUGAGAAAUAGCAACAGUCUACUGAUGUUUCAGACUGUGUGCUUCAAGUUUAUCUCUGCAGCUUUAAUAUACAGUAUGUUUAGAGUUCAGUCCAUCAAAAAGCAGUUUCAUGUAAAAUUAAACAUGAUUUAAACUACUUUUUUUUUAAAUACUUGCUGUCUGUUAAGUUUCUGCUGCUCCCUGAUAGGGUGAGGAGUUCGGGCAUCCUGGAGGAACUCAGAGUAAAGCCACUACUCCCCCAUCUGAGAGGAGCCAGUUGACAUGGUUCAGGCAUUUGCUGCACCUCCCUUUGGACGUAUACCAGGCA